AUUUAUUGAAGACCACGUUACAUUUCAGCUUUGGUUAUUAGUCUCCCUUUCAAUUUGAGACAUUAUUUCAUCCCCACCCAUUUAAAUCUGCCGACAAACUUAAAUUCCCUCUUAUGACGUCAUUCUCAUGAACGUUCCUUGUGCUUUCCCCCAUCAUUCUACAUCUCUGCGACAAUAUCCGCUUUCUCUCUGCAUGUCAGAGGUCCAUGUUCUCAUGACUGCAUUCCUUUUGAUAAUAAUUGAAGACCAGUUACAUUUCAGCUUUGAAUAUUGGUCUCUUUUUCGAUUUGAGAUAUUAUUUCAUCCCCACCUAUUUAAAUCCACCAAUAAUAUUAAAUUCCCUCUCAUCAAUCCUGACAUCCUCUACAGAUGAAAUCCCACGACCUGCCCAGUCUUUUCAUUAAGUUCCAUCCUCUCAGUUAUGACGUCAUUCUCAUGAACAUUCCUUGUGCUUUCCCCCAUCGUUCUACAUCUCUGCGGCAAUAUCCGCUUUUCUCUCUGCAUGACAUUGGCGAUAAGAGUUGGGAAAUGGGAAUUAUCAGAGGGUUGUGGAAAUUUGGUGAAAUUCCUGCUGUCGGGAUGAGGACGGUCCAUCUCAGUCAAUUGAGAUUUGUGUUUUAUUUCUUUCAGGAGGAAGCUGGUCGCAAACAUAGGGUUCGUGAUGAAGCCAAACCACUGUCGGUGGUAGAUGAAGCCUUACCAAUUGAAAAGUUUCAUUGCCCUGCAUCGUUCAACACGGCAUUCAAAAAAAUAUCUGAUGACCUCAAGUCCUACCUUGCACUACAGUUUGGUGAAGUGAAAGUGCACAGUCACAAAAUGGAGAAAGCUGUUCGCAAGCGAAGGGUUCGUGAUAAAGCCAAACCACUGUUGGUGGUAGAUGAUGCCUUGCCGAUUGAAAAGUUUCAUUGCCCUGUUUCAUUCAACAAAGAAAUAUCUGAUGACUUCAAGCAAGUCUCCGUCACCCUGGAUGUGGAAACAGCGCAUCCGCUGCUCGAGGUGUCUGAGGAUCGGGAGAGGGUGAGAUGUACCCGGACCUGGAGAUGUCUCCCUGACACCGGGAAGAGGUUUGCAGACUGGGAGUGUGUGCUGGGAUCGGAGGGAUUCACAUCGGGGAGACAUUAUUGGGAGGUGCAGGUGGCGGGGAGUCGGGGCUGGAGGCUGGGAGUCGCCGCAGAGUCUGUGGAGAGGAAGAGACUGGUCACACUGACCCCAGAGACUGGAGUCUGGAGCAUCGGGCGGCGACAGGGUGACGUGUUUGAUGCACUCACCUCCCCUCCAUCCCCUCUCCCCGCCCGUCCCAUCCCCGGGAGGCUGGGAGUUUAUCUCAGUUACGAGUCCGGGACAGUUUCAUUUUACGACGCGGACACCAAGUCCCAUCUCUACACCUUCACUGGGAAUAAAUUCACGGAGAAACUUUAUCCUUUCUUCGAGACUUGGGAUGAAAACUGGCUGAGAAUCUGCUCCGGUUCCGCUCCGGGUGUAAAAAAUGUAAAUGUGGGAAGAGUGAAAUAAACAGCAACUGAAAUCAGAGCUG